AUGGCUGGCCCACUAUAUGCACGAUAUAUUCCGGAAAAGGUGGCAGCGAAGGCGACAACUACUGCGCCGCCCGCUGAAGCUCCUCGAGCUCAACAACCUGCACCAAGCGCACGACCUGCCACGAAAGAGAAGAGGGAACGAGAGCGGCCAAAGAAGCGCAAGAGGGACAAAAACGACGAGUCCGAAGAGGAGGAAGCCCCCAAAAAGCACAAGUCGGUCCUGUCAAAGUUUGAGAAGUCCAAAAGAGUAGCAGAUGCAGUCCGCGAAGAGCCAGAGCAAGCUGCAGAAACGAUUGAAGAGGAGCAGCCGGAACUCCACGACCUCGUCCCUCUCCCCCAGCCCGACCCAGUCCCCGAGCCCGACUACAAGCCCACCUUCUCUGCCCUGCCACCAUGGCUCGCCUACCCCAUUACCGUAACCUCCCGCGCCACGACUCCCUUCAGCACACUGCCAAUCGACGCAAAGCUCGUCUCGCACCUCAGCCAGAAAGGCUACACCGAUGCCUUCGCCGUCCAGUCCGCCGUCCUGCCUCUCCUUCUCCCAGGACCUAAACACCAUGUCGGAGAUAUCUGCGUCUCGGCUGCUACAGGCUCAGGGAAGACUCUAGCGUAUGUGCUGCCCAUGGUGGAAAGCAUGCGGCAACGCGUCGUCACGAAGUUGCAAGGCUUGGUGGUGGUGCCGACGAGGGAGCUGGUGGCGCAGGCAAGGGAGAUUGCUGAGCUUUGCGCUGUGGGCACAGGGCUUAAGAUCGGGACGGCGGUGGGAAACCACUCGUUUGUUUCGGAGCAGGAGAUGUUGGUCAAGAAGGGCAGGAGGUACGACCCCGAGAAGUACAAGACCCUGCAGGCAAGGGCGAAAGAGCGCAUCUUAUAUGGCGUAGCGGAGCAGGACACGUAUCUUGAUGAUGCUGUCGACAUGCUUCCAGGACAUGUACCGGAAUACGAGUCGAAGGUUGACAUACUGAUCUGUACGCCUGGUAGACUGGUCGAACAUAUUCAGUCAACUACGGGAUUCAGCCUGGAUGACGUGCGGUGGCUUGUUAUUGACGAGGCUGAUCGGUUGCUCGACCAGAGCUUUCAAGAAUGGGUAGGGGUCAUUAUGGCAGCAUUGCAGGCAGAGAAGCCAUACGAGAAGAUGAGCGCGCGCGAUCAGGUCUUGUCGAAGAUGUGGUAUCCGCCGGAGCGGCGGGCCGUUCGCAAAGUCAUCUUGAGCGCAACCAUGACUAGAGACCUGAGCAAGCUUGAUACGUUGAAACUCCGACGACCGAAGCUGGUGGUUGUAGAAGAUGCAGGUGAAUCACUGGGCCAAGAGGCAAACCCGCAAGAUGGUCCAGCGGCUACAUCUGGAGCAACGUUCGAGCUGCCGCCGACGCUGAAAGAGUGGGCUAUACCAGUAGGAGAUGGAGCUGAUAAACCUCUGUACCUGCUACGACUCUUACAGACGCGUAUACUGCACGAGAAAGUACCAAAGGCCCGAGUGAGACCCGAUACUUCAAUCGUAUCUGGGUCCGAAGAUGACGAUGAAGACUCCUCAUCUGUAUCCACCAAAUCGUCAUCCGACGUAUCAGACACGUCCGCCUCGCCCUCCUCCGCAGCAUCGUCAUCUUCCGACUCGGAGGCCAACUCAUCAACCUCCGAGUCAGAGACCGACUCCAGUUCUCCGGCCAGACCCCUCAAAGCCUCUACAUCGCAAGCCGCACACCCCACCAACGCCGGCGUCCUAAUCUUCACCUCAACCACCGAAUCCGCAACCCGCCUCUCCCGCCUCCUCGCCUAUCUGCACCCGCCCUACACUCCCCAAGUCGCCCUUCUCACAAAGUCCUCCGCCACCUCUGCCGGCCGUAAGACCCUACAACGCUUCCGCGCUGGCCACCUGCGGAUCCUAAUUGCGACCGACCGUGCCUCACGCGGCCUCGACAUCCCCGAGCUCGCCCACAUCGUCAAUUAUGACAUCCCGCGCAGCGUCACGAGCUACGUGCAUCGCGUGGGACGGACGGCGAGGGCGGGCAGGGCGGGAGAGGCGUGGACGCUGUUCACGGACGUGGAGGGAAGGUGGUUCUGGAAUGCAAUUGCUAGGGGAGAGGAGAUUAAGAGGGGUGGGAGGAAGGUGGAACGGGUGAAGAUCGUGCCGGAUGAGAGGAGGGAGGAGUAUGAGGAGGCGUUGGGGAGGCUGAAGGGUGAUGUGGAGGGGGCGGGAAGGUAA